UCGUUGCGCUCACUCCCCGCUCCAACCUUUGGUUCUUUCACCUGAGUAGCUUAUAAUGGCGCGGAACCUUUCUUCUAUUAUUCCCAUUUCUAAAUUCCCUUCUUUUCUCUCCAAGUUUCAUCUAUUCACUUCCACAGCUGCCGCUGGCCAUGGAAAAGCCGCUAUGGGAGAGAGAUUCUUUCUUCAAAGUCAUGAUCGGUGACUUCCAAACAAGUCUGCGGAUUCCUCCUUGCUUCUACAAGCACCUUAGUGGAGACAUUUUGGUCAAGUCGGUGCUAAGGAGCCGCGGUGGGCGGCGAUGGGCCGUCAUGUUAAGGAGGGAGGGUAACAGCUUGUUCUUCGGGGAAGGAUGGGACUGCUUUGUCGCUGAUCUCUCUGUUCAGUUGGGGGAAUUUUUGCUAUUUGUCUAUGAUGGCGAUCUAGGGUUUGAUGUGAAGGUCUACGGGACCACUGGCUGCGAGAAGGAAGAUCCUAUUGCUGCCGUCAAAGUGGAACAUGAGGUUGAGGAGAGGGAAAUAAGAGGGGAAUUGCGUGCUGAGACCAGUACCACGCUCAUUCGAGCUCCAAUUCGGAGGCGGGAAGUUCUAAAUGGACGUGUUAUACUAGGAGGAUUAAAGGUGUUCGGAAAUGAGAGAGCUUUAAAGACUGCGCGUUCUUUCAAGUCUAGCCGUCCUUUUUUCAUCGCAACCUACAGAAGCUCUCGUCAGGAAUACAUGACAAUUCCUGUUUCAUUUAUAAGGGAAUGUAAUAUUGGAAAAAUGGAGACUAUCAUCCUUAAAGAUCAAAAGGGGAGAUCAUGGCCAGUAAGGAUAGCUCAUUGGAUUGGACGUGUAGCUAUGGCAAAAGGGUGGCCUAAGUUUAGUGAAGUGAAUCAUUUGAAAGAAGGCGAUGUUUGUGUUUUCGAGUUUCUUGAAGCAGACAGGGCGAUAUGUGUUCAUAUUUUUCGAGAUAAGAAAAAUAUCGCAACAGGCUUAAGAAGGGCCGACAAUAAGAAACGAGAGGCGGAGGUUCUCAAAGCUGAAAGGUCUUUUAGAACAGAUGCUAGAUUUGCUUCUACAUUCUUGAAAUCUCGAAAAUAUACACUGAACAUUCCAACGCAUGUUCUAAAAGAAAUUGAUGUCACCAAAGCAAGCAAAACAACACUGCGUGAUCCUUCUGGAAGGUCAUGGUUAGUCGAUAUUAAGCAUCGGGUUGAUGGCCGUGUGCACCUUGGGCAGGGUUGGUUUCUCUUUUGUAAAGAAAAUCAUAUAAAAGAAAAGGACAUUUGUAUUUUUGAACUCACCGGCGGUAUUCAAGAAAUGGAUGUGCAAAUUUGCAGACGGGGUCUUCACGACAUUGCUACAGGUUAGCUGCCAGAUAAGCGCGCGGUUGUGUUGAUUAAUGAACAUCCUUUGAUGCUUCUGUCUUAUAUGAUUCUAUAGGGUGUUUUAUAUGCAUGUAAUUAAAGUUUGAUCUAUUUACAUAUCUAUCAUUUAAAUCCUUAUAUCCAUGAAACUAUGUACUUCACUCCAAAUAACUUGAUAUUAGUGAUGUCUGGUAUGCGAUUUAGAGAUUA